CAUGGUAGUGGCCCUAGUGGAUAUCUAGAUUAUAAUGCUUUACAUAUAUAAUUUAUCUCUAAAACUCUAUGCACAUGAGCAUGUUUGGCUAUGAUUGGGAAUUACUAUUGCCACAACUGGGAACAAUUUGGUACCGAAUAGGCUUAAUUAGAGCUCCACAUGCAUAUUUUGGCUCUGAUUGGCCUGUAUGGUUGCCAACCAGUGGUUAAUUUGGCACUGAGUAGGCUAAAUUAUAGCUGCAAAUGGGCUUGUUUGGCUCUGAAAGUACUUACUAUUUAUCAAAAUAUGACCUAUUUGGUACUCAGUAAGUUUUAUUAGAUUUGGACAUUGGUUUAAUGAGCUCCGAAUGUUUUUUCAUUUGGCACUAAGUAUCCUUAAUAAAAACAGCACAAUGGGUUGUUUGGCUUUAUGGUUUCUAUAAUGUGGUUUAUUUGACAUUUUUCGCAAUGCUUCAAAUCAAGUUUAAUGUACAUACACAGUUACAUUCAAACAACAAAAGGGAACAAUGGAGAUAAUGUAAUAAUAAAAUGUAAAAUAAUUAACUCAAAUAAGCACUUGUCUGACUAGACUUAGGCAUAUAGAAAUUCAACUUAGUACCGACAGUAUACCACUAUAUAACCAUUUACAAUUAAAUGACACUCAUGGCAACUGUGCAUAUAUAAUGCAGGAAAAAAUAUAUAACUUAUAAUUUGACGAAUUAUGACGUGUCAAUAAAUGGGAUUUGUCUUGAUAAUUACUGUUACUUUGUCGUGUUUACUAUUCUAAAAUGUAAUAGUCAAUACCUACCAGUACUUUUUAUCGGCUGAUCACAAAAAAAGUUGCAUAAAAUAACAAAUCAAUGGUUAGUUUGCUUAUAGCUGCAGUUGUGUCUGACUAAAACUUCGAAUGAUUAUGACUCAGUAAGUAUAAAACAACAGCACCAUGUGUAAUAACACUGUAUCAAACAAUGUUAUUUAUCCCAUAUUACAGAUUUACAGAGAAAAUUAAUUUCAUUACAAUUAAUAACAAUGAUUCGGACAAAGCAACAGGCUCUGCAAAAACAUGCUGAAAACUAUGGUGUUUUUUUGUUCUCCUCGUUUGUCUUAUCACUUGCUUUCUCACCCCUGGCUCCAUCCUUACGACUCACAGUUCCUCAUAAUUCAUCUGUGACUGUUCCUGUCAGUUAGCCAGCACACGUGUCGCAUUGGUCUGAACUCAGUUAUGCCUACUUUAGGUUUUUUCUUGUCUCAAUUUCUGUACACAUCACGAAUGCACCAAUCCUCUGUCUGAAGGUAGUUCAUGUCGGAGUCUAUCGGACAGUACUUAAUGAGAUGAUAAUUUAGGAAGCUUUUGAAUAUACUCCUCUGUAUUACACUCAUCAACUUAAGAAGCUGUUGAAAUUCCGCGUGUACUAUCAGUUGAACUUGUCCUAAACAUUAUGUGUUCUUUGUCACAAGACUGUACCGAAGCGUACAUCAUGUUUUCCUACAGGCCAUAAGUUGAUAGAAAAAGUGACUUGCAAACCUUUACCUUCUCUGAGUUAAUAUUAUAAAAAAAAACCUGUAAAGUUGGCCUUUUCUUACUCUUAUCUGAGUUAACUAUACGCAUCGGGACACCUUUCUUAUCAACUAGACUUACUAAAUACAUUUCGUUCAUCUACCAAUUCAAGUCAAGUCAACAGUUUAUUGAGUAAUUAAAGGCCACUGGCCCAAAAUACAUAACAUACAAGAAAGGCAUGAGUUGUGUCAGGGUAAUUAAUCCAUACAAGCAAAGUGUAAAUAAAAAUCAUGAUAACUUCCCCUUAACAAUUAAUGUUUAGAAGGAGAUGGUAUACAUAAUAAUCUAGUUUUCGUAAAUCUUCAGAUUGAUUUGUGUUUAAUAACCUAUAAAAAUCUUCUAAUUCAGUACCAUUAGAAUACCAAUUAAAUAAAUAUUGCGUUCGUAUAUCAUUAUAUUUACAACAUAUAAAGAAUGCAUGGUAUUCACAGUCUAAAACAAAAAUGUUAUUAUUUUCUAGACAAAACCGACAAACGCGUUCUUCUCUUGGGAUAUUAUUAUGCCUACCAGUAUCAAUUAACAAUUUAUGAUUUGAACAUCUAAAAGCUAUUUUGUGUUUGUAAGGUAAGUCUAAAGAUAAAUAACGUUCCACAUUAAGCAAAGGUUUUGUAUUCUUUAUAAUGAAAACACCGACUUGAACUGUUAAUAGAAUCGUGCCAGUUUUGGUUGAAACAAUCAAUAAUUCUCCUUUUAAAAACACUGAUAAAUAUAGAUAUAUCGCCAACAUCUUGAGAUAUCCAGAUAUAACCGAAGCCAUACAUAAAAAGCAUAUCCUUAAUAUAAGUUGCCCAGCAAGUGCGUCCAACUUCAUCUCACGACUUGAGCAUUAAGUAACAUUGUUUAGGGUAUCUAUUAUUAGAAAGUUGUAAUAAUUUGCAAUAAUAUCUAAUACAAUUAGAAAAAUAAUUUAUACAUAAAGGCAAUCUUCCUCAUUCACCAAGAAUCAUACAUGUAUUAGUGCUUUUAUUAACACCAAUAUGCUUCCUACAGAAAUCGUUUUGUACAUAUUCAAUCUUAGGACAGAAUGUAUAGCCCCAAAUCUGGGACCCAUAACAUAGAAUGGGUUUAUCAUAGUGUCAAACAUUUUAAAUAGUUCUUUUGUUGGAAAAUAACCAAAAGGUUUCUGGUAACGUUUAAUAGCAAAAAUAGCUUUUUGAGCUUGAUCUGCUAGUUUGUCUUGUGCUGGCGUCCAUGACAACUGUGGACUAAACAAUAUACCCAUGUAUUUAUAAACAGAUGUUGUUUUUAUAUUUACGCCACGAAAGAACCAUUUCUCAUUAUUUUGUAAAGGGCCACCAUUUCUAAAAACAAUUAUUUCAGUCUUAUCAAUAUAUAUGCAAAAAGCUACAGAAACAUGCUCAGUAGCAAAAAGUUUAAACAUAAACCCGGUUUAGUGGCAUAGGCAAAGACAUAGAACACAAAUUCAAAAACAAGAAACAUAGAACAGCACACAACUCUACAGACAGCACAGUGCAUAAAUACUAUAUAUAUAUUUAUAAAUAAUUGGUAUGCUUAUCAAGAAUUGUUAGGUACCGCCUUGGAACGGUCAGUAAAAUGUAAAUUUACUGGGGGUUUAAACCAGUUUAUGUGCACAAACCUCACUCUUAUCCCAACAAUUCUUAAUAAAAGAUAAAACGCAAAAGAUAAAUCUUAUCAAUGUAUGCAUUAACUUGAGGAAACUUAUCAAUAAAACAAAUAAUAAUAAAAAACGAAAAGGUAAACCCCAAGUACUUCAAUGAUUAGAGAUUCCAACUCUAUCUGCAGACGGAGGGAAACAAUUCAGAGCACCUAAUGCAAAUACUUUUCAAAGAUACGAUGCAGUCAUCGUUAGAAACCAAAAGCUUCACACACAGUCUGCCUUAAAAGGUUUAAAACUGUGUGAUCAUAGAGUUUCAUAAUAAAACAUAACAUAAUCACAGUACUAAAACUGUAAACAAAUAAAGAAAAACAUUAUUAAAAAUAAAAGCGACUAGUAUAUGCUAUUCUCUCCUUCCAAAUGAUUUGAAAACGUAAAAUAUUUGAAGAAAUUUAAGUCACAGCCAAAACACUCGGAGUCAGUCAACACGUGUUCGCCAAAAACGGUUUUAAAGAUAACAUGCAGUAGCAAAUUCUUCAUAAAAAUCAAAGCACUGAAAGUUUAGUUAUGAAAGGAUGCUAUAUUCAACCCAAUAUUUUGUUUCAGGUAUUCAUCUUCAAAUACAAGAAGGCAAGUGCUCUUCAAAAUAUUGCCUUUAUAUCCACGGUUUAAAUAAAAUCCAAGUAAUUCAUUAAGUCUAUCUGCCCAACUGCCUGCUGGAAAUAUUUUAGUUUUACGAAUUUUCUUUAAAACAUCACCAUAAAAAUCGGGAUGAGCAAUACCAUCAGCAAUGAGCGAUUUAAGACUACUAUUGUACUUUGAUAUGAGAUUAUAAUGACCAUUAACAAAUUUAGAGAAAGUUUUCCUUAAUUUAAAAUAUCGGAAACCCUGUUUUGAGAUUGACCUCCAUACCGGUAUUUGAACAAAAACUAUCUAUUACGUUUAAUUGUUGUUGCAAUUUAAAAACCGUUUCCGCACAAUUAGCUACGUCAUCUGCAAACAUUAGGAAAAUAAUAUCUGGCAUGUCAUUAGUAAUGAAAAUACAAGAACCACAAUUUUCUCGUAAAAGGGCUGAUAAUUCAUUAAUGAACAGGACAAAAAUUGUCGAACUUGACUUGCCUCCUUGUCUUGUACCGACAUUACAUGGGAACAAGUUUGUUGCCCCAACUGGUGUUUUAACACAUGUAAUUAAAUCGUGAUACAUAACUUUGAGAAAAAUUACCAUGUAUGCCUAUAUUUUGGAGUGAUUGGAACGGUUUAACGUGGUUUAUUUUGUCAAAAGCCUUACGAAAGUCUACGUAUAAACAGUAUAAGCGCCCUCCCUUUUUUGAUAGAUAUUUUUGCACCAUGGCUUGUAAACAGAAUAGGUUUUCGACUGUCGAGUAAUUACGACGAAACCCAGCUUGACAUUCAUCAAUUUUAUAGUUGUCUUCAGCCCAAUUAUAUAGCCUUUUAUUAAUGGCACCUGAAAAUAUUUUGUACAUUGUAUUAGUUAUAGAUAUCCUCCGGAAGUUCCCUGGUACAGUAUUGGGUCCAGAUUUGUACACAGGACAUAUAAUACUUUGCCCCCAAGACUCAGGAAAAAUGCCAGUCGACAGAAUGCUAUUAGAUAAGUGUAGCAAAAAAGGUCCUAUAUCAGAACAAGUGUAUUUAUAAAACUCGGAAGGGAUUCCAUCUAAUCCACAGCUUUUAUUUUUAACAAGAUUAGAAGUAGCAAGUUCUACCUCAUUUAAGAAUCAGCAAACCAAAAACACAUAUUAACGUGUAUACGUCACCACAAGUAAUACAUCUGACAAUCGAAAUGGGGAAUAAUAUCAGUAUCGGGGACAACAACAAUUUCGAAAACAUCCAUUUUCAUCUGCAGCAAAAUUCAGAUGAAAUAAAGUAUGAGAACUUAGCAUCUCAAAAAGACACCAGUAACAACACUUCUUCAGGCGAACACGAUGACCAAACAGUCAUUAAAUCCAUAUUCAAACUAGUAAAGAAUAAUUUAUCACAACAAAAAAAUGUAGAACAAACACCAAUUGAAAUCGAUGAAGAAACACACAUUACUGAACCGUUUCAAUGUAAUGAAAAAGUAGCGAAUAUCAAAAAUGAUUUGGACGAACGUACCGAGGACAAUUCCGGCGAAAUGCAACACAUCUAUGCAAAGAAAAUUCCGCGAUAUCCAUUUCAUUUUAAGGAAACAAAGGAUCCAUGCUAUUUAGAGGUAAAAAGAAAUUUAAACAAUGUACACAUGAUCGACAAACAUGAACUGCAAGCAUUUGGUCUUUCUACAUAUUUCGACGCCGUCAACCGUGGGGAAAUUCUCACUGAAGAGGAAAAAAAUAAAUGGCAAUGGUUUAGGUUUAUGUCCUUUUAUGAAUACAAAGGUAAAGGAAGUGCUUGCAUAUUAGCAUUAAAUGGAUUUUAUCACGAGGGAAGCCAUGGACAAGAUGCCACAAGAUGCUUUUCCUGCAAAGUAAGGUACAGUAAUUGGCAAGUAGGCGACGACGUGAAAGCAAUCCACAGACAACUAUCACCUGCGUGCAAUUUCCAUUCAGAGUUAGGUCAAGCUACUGUAUCUGUUGCCGGAAACAAUUCAGGACAACAAAGACCGCACACAGAUCAAGCACUUUGUUCGGGACAAACCAGCGAAGGCUUAGGGAACUUCCCCAUUGACGAUCCAGCUGAUUACGGUCCCAGUGGUGGACGACUCGAACCAGCACUACCGGGGCCUUUCAGAAAUAAUGACACACACGAUGAAGAAGGGGUCGUUGGUUUGCCUUGCAUAUACCCGAGCGUGAAUGCAGCGGACCACUAUGAUGACACGCUUUCAAGAUUCAACUCUUCAACUGACGAUGGGAAUAUGCACGGAAGAGACAUUCGUGUAAACGAGAAUGUGACAUUGAAUGGAAGCCCUAAUGCUAGGCUAGCUGACGCUAGGGAGGACGAACCAGGGUCAAAUGCAAUAAUUGAUGACCAUUUUGACAAUCCAGCCGACGUACAAAGAACCAUCAGCGAUGCACCCGUUGAAAGCAGCGGAAACAUUGGAAGACAGAAUCACCUAGUUGAUAAUGGCUGUAACAACAUCGACCAUCAAAGACCGAACAGAUAUGGUAGACUUACCGUCAACCUGGAUGAUGAUAAUUUGGGAAAAGAGAAUGCCAGACAGUCUGAAACAGAAACAAGCGAAGCCAGCAAAUUACCUGUAGCCCAAACCGCCAGGUUCAACGGAGGUCACAACACAACUUCUCGACAGCAUGAAAGUGUCGGUGACAGUGUUGUUCGAACACAUGCGUAUCUUCAGAUGGACCAAGCACUCUUCAAUAAUGAUGGUAAACCUACCAUCAACCUGGAUGAUGAUAAUUUGGGAAAAGAGAUUGCAAGACAGUAUGGAACAGAAACAGGUGAAUACAACACAUUACCUGUAGCCCAAGCCGCCAGGUUCAACAGAGGUCACAGAAAUGCUUCUCCACAGCAUGAAAGUGUCGGUGACAGUGUUGUUCGAACACAUGCGUAUCUGCAGAUGGACCAAGCACUCCAUAAUAAUGAUGGUAAACCUACUGUCAACCUGGAUGAUGAUAAUUUGGGAAAAGAGAUUGCAAGACAGUAUGGAACAGAAACAGGUGAAUACAACACAUAUUUAAUGCAUCAAAGGCAACAUGGUCAACGCCCUCUGACCGAUGAGAAACACGGUGAUGGUUUGGAUGUAUGCAUUCACCGAAGACCCAAACAUGCAUGUCAAAUAUGCCCCAAGAAACCACCAUAAACAAAAACAACAACAUGUCAGCUGAUUGUAAAGCUGAUGCGGCGUACCACUAACCACCACUGCGCCAAAGCUUUGUUGCAUGCAGCUUUUAAAGUGAUGUUCUAUUGUAAAUACGUAAAUUGAAAUAAGACAAAAUAUGAAGAAAAUCAAAUGAUUUGUUUUAUAUCGUAAUGAAGAUAUGGCUUAUUUGUAUUUGAAAUUAUUUUUGUAUUUUCUGUAUUUUUUAUUAAUAUGAGUGAUAUGUUUUUUAUGAGUGUAGUGUAUUCGCUUUCAGCAUAAACUUACUUUUCGAUUUUGUUCAAGUUUUAGUUGAUAAAAGCGAGAUCUAAUGAUAUGUGUUUUUUGAAAUUUAUGGCAGUGAGCUUUUUUCGAUCUAAAAUUUCAAAUAUUCGUUUAGAUCGAUUUAUUGCUACUGCAUGGGAGGAAAACUGCACAUCAUUUCCUUGAUAUUUAAGUUCAUGUUUUUCUAGAAAUGUUUGUUUGACAUUGUUUCAUUGAUUGUGAUAGAGCAAGUUUUAUGGGGCAUCACCAUCUUUUGCUUAUAUAGUGUAAGGAGUUGUGAGCAGUUAAGGCUUAUGAUUUUUUUCAAAUAGUGUUUUGUUCUUCGAUGCAAGUUUUUGUGAACUGCAUAUAUUAUACAAAUCUUAUCUCUUCACUAAAAAUAGUCCUAAAUCAUUUGCACAAAAUACCAGAAAAAAAUGCAAUGCUAUCGAUAGUUUUAUAUUCAUAAAUGCUUCAAAUAUUUUUAAACAGAGUUUUAAAGAUAUUUUGGCGGAUCUGUAUCUAUUUCAAUAAUACAGACUUUUGUCGAAUUGAAAGUAUGUUUUCAUUAAUAAGUGACAACUUCUGUUUAUUUUCAAGUUAGAUGGAAUUGAGUUUCUUCUCCAAUCAAAAGAUAAAAAGGGUCAAACGAUGUUGUUGCUUUUUGUUUAUGUAGGACCCGGCUUUAGUCAUAACUUAGCAAAAAGAUCAAUUUGAAAAGAACUAGAGCCCCGUACGCCCCUAACAUUUGUAUGCAUGCACAGAAAUGUUUUAACAGGAUUAAGUAACAGUUGUAUAUUCGAUUUUAUUUCAACUAUUUCAGUGAUAUAGUUUUGUAAAUGCAGUGUAUACGUUUUACACCGAAACUUGAUUUUCGAGUUUUCACCAAGUUUUAGUUAGCAAAAGCGUUUUUCAAUGAUGUAUGUUGUGAGAAAUAUAUGGCAGUAAGCUAUUUGCGAUCUAAUUGUUUUGAAUUUCGAACGUUCGUUUAGAUCGCUUUAGUAUAAGCCCAUAUUGAAUUGUUUUUAUGUUUAGAGUUAAAAACCUUAGCUGAAAAAUUUCAAGCUAUCCUGAAAUAAAAAACAACAACCCGAUAACAAACGAAUAUUAAAUGAGUUACAUAAUAUGUAGAAUAUCGAAGCCAGAGCCCCCUUAGUCCAUUCUGAACAAUUCACAAUUGUUAGAUCGAUUUCCAUUGCAAAAUGAAUUAAACAACAUAUAAGUGUUGAUCAUGGAAAUCUCACAUAAUGAAUCCUUUGUUUUAUAUCAAAGGCUAUCAUGCUAUUUACACUUGUGUUCUGUAGUCGGAAUUAUAGUAAAAAGAAAUUAAAAGUAUGCGGCAAGAUAUUUGAUCAUAUAAAAUGUGUUGUUCUUUUCGAUCGGGUAGCCAAAAACCUAUCCGACCGCGGACGUUUAACAUAGAAACGAUUCGGUAUGACCUUACUGCAGUUAAGGAACACUGUGUAAUGAACAUUGUACAUAUUAUGUUUGUUAAUUUAGUGCAUGUUUCCUUGAACAAUUUGUUUCCCAUAUUUUGUAUAUUGGGAUUGAGCACGUCGGACUUAGUGUCAACUGUUACGUAUUAUUUUCUUGAAAAAAUCGCAUGAAUAAAUUAUUAUUUAUAGCCUUUUAUGAAAAACAUUGUACAUUUUAUUUGUAACACGGUUUAAUUGUAUUAAGGUCUUCAACGUAAGGAGUUAACAUUUAGAAGAAUGGUUGCACAUGUUUAUUAUGUUUUGAAAUGUAAUAUGAUUUUUCCCUUAUACAAAUAUAUUAUUAUUAUCAUUAUUAUUAUUAUUAUUAUUAUUAUUAUUAUUAUUAUAUAUUAUUAUUAUUAUUAUUAUUAUUAUUAUUAUUCUUUCUUUUAAAUGGUUCUAUAAUAUUUGAUGCGAGCACAACAUAAUAUAAUAAUAAUUUAAAUCAUCUUUGAUAUAAUAGUUAAUUGUAUAAAUUAUACAACAAUAUUUUGUACGAGACAUAUUCCAAAACCGUUUGCACUUGAACAAAGAAAAACAGUAUCGACAUUUAAAUGUUCACAAACGCUUAAAGUGUUUCUAAUCAAAGUUUGUUUAGAGAAUCUGUUGUCAUAUAAAUAAUACUAAUUUUUUCGUUUUAAUAGUAUGUUUUUUAUCAACAUGUAACGACUUCUUCUCCGAUCAAGAAACUAAGAUUAGGUUAGAGCUGCACCCUUACAGAUUGACAGUUUUUCUUUUAGUUUUUGUCUCAGAAUCAGCUUUUAGUAAUAAAACCUUUUUUUACGCAAAUAUGAAAAACUGCGAUCUGUUCUUUUGUCAGCAGUCUCAUAUCACUGGUUUGCAAAUAAUCACGCAAAAAUUGGCUCAUUCCAAGACAUUUGUUUUUUGGUCAAAACGGUAAAUCUGUGAGGGUGCUGUUUUAAACCACGUUGUUGUAUUUUGUUUAAAUGCGAGCAUACAUUUUUGCAUUAAAACUAUAAUUGUCCAAUUCACUGAACCCUGGUAUAAACUAAACACUUGUAUGUAAGCACAAAAAUUGACUUCAUGUGGAAUAGAAAAGUAAUAUAGUUUGGCAUUCUUCAACCUAAUUUGUAUUGCUUGCAUUCGUUUCGUUGUUUCAUUUUGGAAGUUAUUAGUAUACGUUAAAUGUCCUUUGUCCAUCCUUCAAUCGUCCACACUUGGUUAGCUUAUACUUCUGAGUCCAUAGUUGUCAAAGACACCGUUAAAAACCUUAAGAAACCGGCCCAUGUGCAGUAAAAAGCUAGGUUACAAGAUAUAUAAAAGGAUAAGCUUCGUUACUCUCAAGGGUCACAAGUUUGGUCCAUAUGCAGUGACAUUUGAUCAGAUUGUGUUUAUUUCUACAUAAAUACAUGUUUAAUUUUGAUACUUGUUCAUGUGCUAUCAAACAUUCGUUGAUUAUGUCAAACACUUAAAACUCCUUGCUGGCUCACCAAUUUCCACAAUUUACACCCAAUAUUCAUCCAAUAAUAUUAAAAGGUUUGUUUCGAAGAGCAAUGUUACUCAGGCGAGCAAUAUAGAACCAGUAUGACCCUCGUGUUACACAUUUGCUAUUUUAUGUUGUACUUAUGGUUAGUUUUUAGUUAAAUUGUUUAUGUUUAGUUUUAGUGUUUUUGCUUGAUUUUAAUAAACUGUAAGGCAAA